ACCCCCCCACCCCGUGUCCCCUCUGUCCCUUGUGUCCCCUGCGUCCCCUCUGUCCCCCUCUCUCAGCCAUGGGGCUGCUGCUUCUGCCCCUCCUGCUCGGCGUUCUGCUGCUGCACGUGGCCCCCGCACCUGCACAGAUGGUGACGAUGGUGACCCCGGCGGUGCUGCGGUUGGACACGGAGGAGCAGCUGGUGCUGGAGGCGCCGGGUUUGUCGUCCCCCGUCGAGGCCAACAUCGUGGUGCAGGAUUUCCCCCAAAAGCGCAAAGUCCUCUUCCAGAUCCGCAAGCAGCUCAACCCCGCAGAGGGGAUGAUGGCCACCGCCACCAUCAAGGUGCCGGUGAAGCUGCUGCCGCAGGUGGUGGGGAAGCACUUUGUGUCGGUGGUGGCACGGGUGGGACAGGUGACCCUGGAGAAGGUGCUGCUGGUGUCCCUACAGAGCGGCCACAUCUUCCUGCAGACCGACAAACCCAUCUACACCCCCGGCUCCACCGUGCUCUGCCGUCUCUUCGCCCUGAGUCGCUUCAUGCAGCCUCUGCUGAAGACGGUGAUCGUGGAGGUCAAGACACCCGAUAACGUCAUCAUCAAGCAAGUCCCCGUGUCCUCCCCCAUGAGGAACGGGAUCUUCUCCAUCAACCACAACCUGCCGGAGGUGGUCAGCCUGGGGACGUGGACAAUCACGGCCAAAUUUGAAGACUCGCAGGACCAGGUCUUCAGCACUCAAUUUGAAGUCAAGGAAUACGUGCUGCCAAGCUUUGAGGUGACUCUGGAUCCACAGGAGAAGUUUCUCUACAUUGACCGGCAGGAGGAUUUCCGGGUGUCCAUCACAGCCAGGUACCUGUAUGGGAAGAACCUGCAGGGGACAGCCUUCGUCCUCUUUGGCGUGAUGGUGGAUGACGAGAGAAAGACCAUCCCCCAAUCCCUGCAGCGCGUCAAGGUGACCGAUGGGGACGGAGAGGCCGUGCUGCCCAUGGCCAUGCUGCGGCAGCGCUUUGCCAACCUCCAGGAGCUGGUGGGACACUCGCUCUACGUCACCGUCACCGUCCUCACCGAGUCAGGCAGCGACAUGGUGGAGGCGCAGCGCAGCGGCAUCCGCAUCGUGACGUCCCCGUACACCAUCCAUUUCACCCACACCCCCAAGUACUUCAAACCAGGGAUGCCCUUCGAUCUGACGGUUUAUGUCACCAACCCCGAUAAUUCCCCGGCUCCACGCAUCCCCGUCAAGGCUGACGACUUCCAGGGCCUCGUCUCCACCCAGCGAGAUGGCAAAGCCAAGCUGGUCCUCAACAUGCCAGCCAACAAGAACUCUGUCCCCAUCACUGUGAGGACAGCCCAGAAGGAUCUGCCCCCGGAGCGCCAGGCCUCGCAGCAGAUGGUGGCUGAGGCUUAUCAAAGCCAGGGGAACUCCGGCAACUACCUGCACCUGGCGGUGGGCGCCAGCCAGGUGCAGCCCGGGGACAACCUCCCCAUCAACUUCCAUCUCAAGAGCAACAGAGAGGACGUCCGCAGAUCCGUUUCCUACUUCACCUACCUGAUCCUGAGCAAGGGGCACAUCGUCCACGUGGGACGGCAGCCAAGGGAAGGUGACCAGAGCCUGGUCACUAUGUCACUUCCCGUGACGGCCAACCUCAUCCCUUCCUUCCGUAUCGUGGCCUACUACCAUGUGAAACCUGGCGAGAUCGUGGCUGAUUCUGUCUGGGUCGACGUCAAGGACACCUGCAUGGGCAGUGUGAGCAUGUCCCCGUCGUCUCUGUAGUUGGGGAAGGACCAU